AUGGAAAGCAUAAUACUAAAAAGUCAUCCAUUCCCUCCCCAUAUUAAUAUCGGCUUAAUGAAUUCUCAACAUUCUGAAGAUUUAGCACAUCCGCAGAAUCACCGCCAUUCAUUUGAUGCUUCGAUAAUUGAUUCCUCAGCAUACAAGAAGAACCUAGAAGAUGCAUAUUCUCUUCCAAACUCCCCUGAGAAUGGGGGAAGAAGUGCGUUUAUUACUUUACCGCCAUGUUCAUCUCUGGUUCAUACUGGUCAAAAAAGUUCCAGAACAACCCCUGCUCCUCCACCAGCACCAACAGAAAAUAAGGCUAAAUACCCAGCACAACCACAAGGUGUACCACAAGGUGUAUCACAGGGAGCACCACAAAACUAUGAACUGCAAGUCUCGCAGCAAAACAAAUCACCCUUGCAGUAUCCCCAACAAACAAUUCCCCUAGCCGCUUACCCACAAUUUCAAAACCAACAAAUGUAUCCUCCAAACCAACAAUACCAUGCGACAGGGCUACCAAGCUACCCACCAAUUGUCUUUGGUCAAGUUUCUCCGCCUCAGGCAGCACCAAUGAUUGACCCCAGGCAAGGGCCAAACCAACCAUAUAUUCAAAUUUAUCCUCAACCUCAAACACAAAUGCCAAUGCAAUCUCAACCUAUAGUAUUCCCCAACAACAAUAACGUAAAAUUUCCACAAGACGGUUACGAUCCUCACCAAUUCCCAAAUUAUAACAUACUAAUGAACGAUGGAGUGGUAGAUUACCUCCAGCCACCAUCAAGAUCUGCCAUUCAGAAGAAUUUAAAUCUGGCUUCAAGGCUAAGGAAACAAUGUCCGGUCUGCGGUAAAAUUUGUUCCAGACCUUCCACUUUAAAGACACACUACCUUAUCCACACGGGAGAUACGCCAUUUAGAUGUCCCUGGAAAUCGUGCAAUAAGUCAUUUAACGUGAAAAGUAACAUGUUGAGACAUUUGAAAAGCCAUCAGAAAAAGGGGGCAAAAACGUAUGUAAUAAACGAACGGAAGCCAACUUAA